CAAAUUUGAAAUUUCUUCAGUGAUUAAAAACUGUAAACAGAGCUCGCACAGCCGCUGUUGUAUCAAAAGUCGAAUGUAAGUAGUUGUACAACAACAAGCGAUUGACAGUAUCUUAUUUAACACAGUACGAUACAUAAAUAGCCUAUAGCUCACGGCAACAACAGAGCUUUAGACUUCAACCUCAUUGUUAAUACACACACUUCGCCGUACAUACCCUCUUCUCACUUGCCACUAUGUCAUCCCUAAGUGCCGCUGAGCUUGAGCAACUUAACGCAAACGCAGCAGAUGAAGCGACACAGGCACUGCGCUUCAAAGCGCUCAAGGGUAAACGCAUGUUGUUCAUCUCUGGUUCCUUCAUGUACCCGUCCAUGGCUGGAACUCUGAGUGAUCACUGCAAAGCCCUGCGUGAGUACGGUGUGCACAUCACAGGUGUAUACCACGAAGCUCGCAAAGGUGAAGGUUACCACCAACAGGCAGAAGAGCGCAGUUGCCACGAUAGGGCGAUCCUCUGCGAUAUGGAUGGGGAACCAGCCCGGGCGUCUGAGAGUAUAGUCGCUGCAAUUAAAGCCGCUGGUCUGGAAGGUGAAUUCGAUGGUGCAUACUCACCUCACGAGUCGACACAGCCCAUGUUAGGUAAAGUAUGUGAGCUAUUGGGUAUCUUUGGAAACCCUUUCUCGGCGUAUGAGAUCGCAAGAGACAAGUAUGCGACACGUAAAGCGCUCGAGGCUGCUGGUCUAAAUACUGCACAGGCGGUGCAGAUCUGGACAGAGAAAGACAUCGCCAAGGCUGCUGAGAAGGUCGGGUUCCCCAUGAUCAUAAAGCCCACCGUAGGCAUGGGUUCCGCAGGCGUGUACAAGAUCCAAGACGAGGAGGAACUCGACACAAUGGUCAAACGUUUGUUAGAAGAUAUCUCCAGUGAUUGGAUGUUAUCUCAGAACCAGGUUGGUGAUCAGGCACCCAUCCUGGCCGAGACCUUCAUUGUACCCACCAAAUUCGGUGGACUUGUCACCGAAUUCGAUGUUGACGUACAGUUCUGGAACGGCGAGAUGGUUUACGGUAACGUAUUGGAUAACUGGGAGCCUGAAGCCCCUUACUUCCAGGAUAGAGGUUUCCACAUGCCCUCCAUCACACCUCCAAAUGUGCAGCAGGAGUUGAUAGACUACGCUGCGGCAUGUGUCAAGGCGUUUGGUUUCAAGAUGGGCAACUUCCACAUGGAGGCCUGGUACACAGAAUUCGGCCCCGUUCUCAUCGAGUGCAACCCUCGUGUUGGAGGUGGGUCCGUCGACAAGAUGCACAUAGAAGUGUUUGGUGCCUCGCCAGCUAUGGGUAUGACCAUGGCCAUGAUGAACGUACCCAUCAACCCCCCACGAUUCAGUGAACAACAGUGCUCCUACGGAUUCUUGUUGGUACCAGCACACAAGACUGGUCUACUCAUGGAGGCUAAGUAUCUCGAUGAAGUGCUCAAGCACGAUUUGUGUGAAGGCGGAAGCUACAGUAAAAAAGCUGGAGACUACUGCAAGGGAUUGGACCAGUCGGUGCCUGAGUGGAUCGGUACAGUUGACUUCAAGACGUCCAAGCCUGUCGAUGUUUUGAUAGAGGCUAUGGUUGAGUGUAUGGAUAUCGCUGUCGCAACUGCCAAGAAGGACACUGUUAUUCAGCGUAGAAACUCGCACGUACUGUCAGUCCACGUGGAUGAGGAGACGCAAUUACUUGAAGCUUCUGCAGAGGCCGCAUUGAACGCCAAGGGACGUCCACGCCGCAACUCAGUGUUGCUGGAUGAGCUUCCCACUGAGAACCACAUGACCCAGGCCGAGCUAGACCAGCUGAUGCAGAACAGACCCGACGAAGAGACCCAGAAACUACGUUUCAAGGCUCUGAGUGGCAAGCGUAUGCUGUUCAUUUCCGGUUCGUUCAUGUACCCCGCGAUGGCCGCAACCAUUGGUGAUUUGUUGAUCGACAUGCGUAACUACGGUGUCCACAUUGUGGGUGUGUACCAAGAGGACAAGAAGGGCGAAGGCUACCACCAGCAGGCAGAGGAGCGUGGCUGCCAUGAUGAGGCUAUCUUCUGCGACAUGACUGGAGAACCGGCCGAGGCCGGAAAGCGCAUCUCUGACGCCGUCACCGCAGCAAACAUGAAGCCCUUCGAUGGUUGCUACUCUCCUCACGAGUCCACACAGCCUAUCAUCGGAAAGGUGUGCGAGACCCUCAAGAUCUUUGCCAAUCCCGCGUCCUCGUACGAUAUCGCGCGUGAUAAAUACGCCACGCGCAAGGCGCUCGAGGCAGCUGGUCUGAACACCGCAAGCGCCGUGCAGAUCUGGACAGAGAAGGAUAUUGCCAAGGCCAUCGAGGUGGUUGGCUUCCCCAUGAUCAUCAAGCCUACUGUUGGUAUGGGAUCAGCGGGUGUGUACAAGAUCGAAGAUGCUGAUAUGUUAGAUACCAUGGUGAAGCGACUGUUGGCCGAUAUCUCCAGUGACUGGAUGUUGGCUCAGAACCAGUUUGGUGACCAGGCCCCUAUCCUGGCAGAGACAUGCAUCAUUCCCAUCAAGUUCGGCGGACUUGUGACGGAGUUCGAUAUCGACGUUCAGUUCUGGGACGGCGAGAUGGUGUACGGAAAUGUGAUCGACAAUUGGGAACCCGAAGCACCCUAUUUCCAGGACAGAGGUUUCCAUAUGCCCUCGUUCACCCCUGCCAAUGUACAGCAAGAGCUUAUUGAGUAUGCAGCAGCCUGUGUCAAAGCAUUUGGCUUCAAGCUGGGCAACUUCCACAUGGAGGCUUGGUACACUGAGAAUGGACCGGUGCUCAUCGAGUGCAAUCCUCGUGUAGGCGGAGGUUCCGUCAGCAAGAUGCACGAGAAGGUGUUCGGCGCCUCACCUGCCGUGAACAUGACCUUGGCUAUGAUGGGUAUCCCCAUUAACCCCCCUCGGUUCACUGAACCUCAAUGCGCGUAUGGAUUCAUGCUUACACCCGCACACCGCACUGGUAUCCUGCGAGAGGCCGACUACCUAUCUGAGGUGCUGGAUCACAAGUUGUGCGACGGUGGUGUCUACACCAAGAAGGUUGGUGACAAGAUCAGGGGUCUGGAUCUGUAUGUGCCUGACUGGAUUGCAAUGGUGGACUUCACUAGCACGGGUACUGUGCAUCAUAUGGUAUCUGAAAUGGAGAAGCUGAUGGCUAAGGCGAGUGCCGCGUGUGCUGCAGCCACGAUUCCCGAACGAAGACGCUCGAGAUUAAUGUCUGACGCAGAUAUGGAAGUCUAAAUGUGCAAAGGAUUAUGUAAGUCGUACAAUGUGAUAGUUAAGACCAGAAACGAACAGCAAUUUCUGCGAGUCAGUGUAAAAAUAAAAAGUAAAAUAAAGUAAAGACGAAAAAAUAAGAGGAGG